GCCCCGGGCUGCCGCCACCACGCCGCGCGCCGUACUCCGCGUCAAGAAUGGGGCGGCCAAGCUGCCCAAGCCGCCCGCCGCCGCCGCGGCCGAGGCUCCGGGCGCCGGAGCGGGCAUGGAGCGCUCGCAGAGCCGCCUCAGCCUGUCCGCCUCGUUCGAGGCGCUCGCCAUCUACUUCCCGUGCAUGAACUCCUUCGACGACGAGGACGCGGGAGAUAGCCGGAGGCUGAAGGGAGCCAUCCAGCGGAGCACAGAGACAGGUCUGGCCGUGGAGAUGCCCAGCCGGACACUGCGCCAGGCCAGCCACGAGUCCAUCGAGGACAGCAUGAACAGCUAUGGCUCAGAGGGCAACCUUAACUAUGGAGGAGUUUGCCUGGCAUCGGAUGCCCAGUUCAGUGACUUCCUGGGCAGCAUGGGGCCAGCACAGUUUGUGGGCCGCCAGACCCUGGCCACCACGCCCAUGGGAGACGUGGAGAUCGGUUUGCAGGAGCGGAAUGGGCAGCUGGAAGUGGACAUCAUCCAGGCACGGGGACUGACGGCCAGGCCAGGCUCCAAGACACUGCCAGCUGCCUACAUCAAGGCCUACCUGCUAGAGAACGGCGUCUGCAUUGCCAAGAAGAAGACUAAAGUCGCUCGCAAGUCACUGGACCCGCUGUACAACCAGGUGCUGCUGUUUCCUGAGAGUCCACAGGGAAAAGUCCUGCAGGUGAUCGUGUGGGGAAACUAUGGGCGAAUGGAGCGGAAGCAGUUCAUGGGCGUGGCCCGCGUGCUGCUGGAGGAGCUGGACUUGACCUCCCUAGCCGUGGGCUGGUACAAGCUCUUCCCCACAUCCUCCAUGGUGGACCCAGCCACAGGUCCCCUGCUGCGGCAGGCAUCGCAGUUGUCCCUUGAGAGCACCGUUGGGCCUUGUGGCGAGCGAUCUUAGUGCCAGGGAUGGGGAAGGGCUCCCGAGAUGGCCUGGAGACCACCCAGCCCUGACCUGGGACCCCAGGCCCCGGGGCACUUUAAACAGAGGAGUAUGGGGUUCUCCCCCCAGCAGGGAAGCAGAAUGGGGAGAGCUGCCCCCCUUGGGCCCCUCCUCACCUCUUCUUUGCCUCCUACCCCUUGAGAUCUUCCCUCUCCCAGUGGGUUGGCUGCACUUUUCACUUGGCCAGUUGUUCACUUGGUGGAUGUGUCUGAGGUGGCAGAGCAAACCACCCACCUGCCCACUGUCCCACCCGUACCCAUUUUGCCUCCUCGGAAGCUUGCUGCCCAGAGCCAAGUCCAGAACCCAGCCGGCCAUCUCCAUGGUGCCAAUUACCAGCAAGUGUCUUUCCUGCGGCACCGGGUUCAGGCAGCUACUCCUGCCCCAGAGCUGAAGGGGCAGCUUUGCAAGGAUCCGGAGCCAGCUCCCAGGGGCCCAGAGCGUCCCACUUGAAGAGGAGCUCGGGCCUCCCUCUGCCUGCCCAAGGAAGGAGCUUUGCCGCAGCCUGUCCGAGUUCAUCUAUCCAUCCCCUCCUGCCUGCCCCUCUUCUGGUGGCUCUAGGAAUUGGGGGCCAGCAGGGACCAAAGGAAAAGAGGAGGUGCCUUGCUCUAUAGGACUACAACAAGCUAGUUUGGGAACUGUUGUUGAAUUAGAAAGAACAUUGUCACCUGUGUUUUGGUGAAAGAGCUGCAAGACCCUGAGUUUCCAGAACCCCGUGACCAGGGAAUUCACCAUCUCUGAAUUUGGGGGAUACUGAGGAAAGGGGAGGGGAAACUGAGGAAAGCUAGGACUGGAACUGGAGAUGUUGAGGUAAGGGUUUCCCAAUAAGGGAACUCCUGCUUGUUAGAUGAGAUCAAAGGUCAUCUUGUCUACUCCUCUGCCUCCAGGUUAGGGGUCAGGGGAGGCAGUAGAGCCACCCUAUUGUAGUGUUUUUAAACAAACCAUCUUGUACCAAGGGCAGAACCCCCUGCCUGGCCUCAGUCACCUUGGCUCAAGGGAAGAAGGUGCUGGAAGGAGUGAGGAAUUAGAAGUAAAAAUUGGGAGGCCUGGGUAGCUGCCUUCUCUAAGGCCUUCCCUGGGGCCUAUGGGAGCCUUUUGCGUGCAAGGGAGGAUGCAGGCUGGCCCCUCUUUAUAGAAGCACAUUUCUGCCACCUCCCCCUGGGAGGCAUCCAGCAGCCUGCCGGUCCUCUUCACCUAGUCCCUGCUGAGUAGAGCAUAGUCCAGGUUAGCUGGGUAGAGUUAGUAUUCACGUCCUGGGGGCUGUUCUUAGCUCUGAGUAGUCUUUACAGAGUCCUAGACUGGAGAUGGGAGAGGAGACCCAAGUACAUUCCAGGAGACCAUGUCUCCUUGCUGCCCUGGGCCUGGAUCAGCCACCUGGUUCCCGGGAGGCCAAUUCUCCUUCUCCUUCUCUUCCUCCUCCUCCUCCUCCUCCUCCUCCUCCUCCCCCCCUCCCCCCUUCAAGCCCUCCCCUGUAGGGAUGUAGCCGGAGCUGCCCAUUAUACUCAACAUUCUGAUUUAUUAUCCUUGAUUCUGAUUUUCUGUAUGAGAUACUCUUGAGACUUCCCGAGCCUUGGUGGAGGGGCCUGGUUUCUUCGGACCGAAGACCCCUGGGCUCUACUUGGUCCCACCUUGUUCCCGGUUCCACCAGGGAUUCCUUCCACUUGGAAAUCCUCCCACUUGGCCCGGUUAAGCCCUGGCUGCCCUUUAAAGUUAAGUUCUGUCACCUCCAUGGAACUCCUGGCAGUGCACUGGGAAGGAGAAAUGGAGAAAUGGAGAUGCCCCUCUCCUCCAGGUCUGCAGAGCUUCCCGGGACCAUGGAGGCAGAGCCUAAGACUGGGAUGGUGCAGGAGGGCGCAGGGCUCCACGUGGCUCUCCGAGGCCCACAGGCAGCUCCUCUUCCCCACGUCCCUUUUAUUAAGCAGUGUGAUUUCUCUGCUGUUCAUUUAUUACUUGCUAUAUGGGAUGUUUUGAGCAAGCAGGAGAGUGCCUUCUCUCUCCGGCUGGCUGUCACUGCUCUGCUUGUUCAGGGGUCACUUUUCAAAGUCAAGGCAGAGCCUGGCUGUCCCAACCAGAGGGGUAGGGGCUCAGCACUGACUUGUCCUCCCAGCCUGAGCCCUCCCUCCACUGUCUGCUCAGGUUAGAGACAGAAGAGAGAGACACAGGAAAAGGGAGGGGGAAGAGAGAGAGGGAGAGAGAGGGAGAGAAAAGCGCUCCAAAGCAAUAACACCCCGGGGGUGGCCAGCAAGACCCCCUCACCGACUUCCUUGUUUGUUCUGUGAAAUCUCGCUCACCUCCUGGAGGGGUGGGGUGGGGCUAGAGCCCUGUGUAUUCAUGUCAUCAUUGUGAGCAUGUGGCCCCUAGAAGGGGCUGUAGCCACUGGGUGUGGGAACCACCAUCCGUUUGCACCAGGAAGGACAAUUGGGGAGGGGGAAGGAUUAUUUUCAUCACUAGCUUUGGGGAAACUUCAGCCUGGCAUCUCCCCUCUGCUGUCUGCUCUUUUGCCAACUCAGACUCUACCAUCUGGAGAGGAACAGGGGUUGGGGGCCUUUCUGGGGCUGGCAUCUCUAGGAGUGUUCUUUUUUCGGUCUCUGGGCAGGGCUGCCAUGGGAGUGCACCACCUCCCUCAUCCUGCUGCAAAAUGACUGUCCAUACUAAGGGAAAGGACUUUUGGGACCUUUAGUCCAGGCCCAGCACAGGAGCCACCCAGGGGUCACCUGUGUGUUCACGGCUCCCCCAGCCUGGGUCUCCUCCUCCCUGGAGGAACUGAGCUGGAGCCAGCACAAGAUGAAGGGGGCUGCCACUUCCCACUCUUCCUCUUCCCUUUCUAAAGCCCCCCAGGGAACCCCAAAAUAUGGCCAGGACAAGUUUGCAGUCCAUUUCAGAGGCUAAGAAACUGAGACCCAGACGCAGAAAUGAUUUGUCAAGACCCCUCGGCAAGUGAGCAGUGGAGGCAGAGCUCGGGGCCCCAUUGUGCUUCCUCCCUGUGCAGGAAAACCUUGUUCCAGAACAGCUCAGCCAUGAACAGCAGUUCUGGCCUCUUAGACCCUGGCCCACACAGUUCUGCUUGGCUCUCAUGGGCCAUUGUCUUUUCUGAGCUUGAACUUGGGGACGGAGGCCUCUGCGCAUCUGCCCAGCUGACUGAGGAGUGCAGGAUUUAAUCUAGGGCUUGAUGAAGGGAUGGGGGCUCCCGUCCAGGGACCGUAACCUCCCCAGGACCAGGUGGGGAAGAGUGAUGAAGCAUCAUCGGCUGCUUGGGCUGAGGGAUGAGGAGUGGGAGCCAUAGGAAGCACCCCGCAUCUAGACAGCCUCACUGAGCUUCGGAUGCACUGAGCCCUGCUUUCCCUCAGCUCUGGCCACGUGGUUUCACAGUGCUUUCUCUUGGAGUGUGCCAUUUGUAUUGUCAGCCCCUGUUUUCAAGAGGGAGAGGCCAAGGUCCUGGAGGAGGAAGGUGCUCUUGAAAGUCCUGCGUCAAGUGAGUGGCUCAGCCAACUCUAGCACUCACUUCCCCAGCAGUUCCGUGCUCUCUCCCACUCCAGGAAUCCAACAGGAUAGUUAGGAAGUUAUACACUUUAUGUGCUGAUGCACCAUCCAGCUCCCUAACUCCAGAGCUCUGGGCAUGCUUCGUGUUCAGAAAGCACUGAGCUACUCCCUCCAGAGGCACAGCUGUUGCAUCAGGCUGGGUCACCUGCAUUUAUUUAUUGAGCAGCAGUGCUGUGCCAGACCCAGAGGACCGAGCCCCCUCCCUAUCCUGCUGUAUCAGCUCCCUCUGCCCUCUGGGAGGGCCCGUGAUUGCAGGGCGCUGGUACUCAAUGGCCAGAAAGUGUUCACAUCCAGCUCACUGAAAGCGCCUAGAGCAGGCGGCCCUGCCCAUUUUACCCACAGUGGCCACUGGGCAGAGUGGAGGCUGGAACCAGGGCAAAGGUGUCACCUCUGAGCCCUUUCAUGCCAUGACUGCCUCCUGUAGGGUGGUGGGAGGGCAGAUCCCUGGCUCCUUGACCUGGGGUCCUCCUUCCAUCCACCCACUUUUCCCUUGUGCCCUCUCCCGGAGCAGGAGCCACUGGGCCUUUAGGGAGGGUGGCUUUCUGGGGCCCCUGGGUUGGAGUGGGUCACAUUGCAUUGUGUUCAUGACCAUGUAGCUCAUGUUGAAAAUUAAAGUUUUUGGCUUUUCUAA